UCAACCCCCCCUCCCACCAGAGUAAGAAAGGGAAAGACCCCAAUGCCCCCAAGAGACCUUUAUCUGCCUACAUGCUCUGGCUCAAUGCUAAUCGUGACAAGAUCAGGUCAGAUAGUCCUGGCAUGAGUGUUACUGAUGUGUCCAAGAAGGCUGGAGAACUCUGGAAAGCAAUGUCAAAAGAGAAGAAGGAGGAAUGGGAUCGCAAAGCUGAAGAUGCCAAGAGGGACUAUGAGAGAGCCAUGAAGGACUACAAUGAAAGAGGAAAGGCAGAUAGCUCCAAGAAAGAAAUACCCAAGAAAAAAAAGAAGCCAGAAAAGCCUGGGAAAGGAAAGCCAGAGAAGAAGAUAGCUGCAUCUUCAAAAUCAGCUAUCAGCAAGAGCCCUUCUAAGCAGCUAGGAGAGAGCUUCAAGAGCAAGGAGUUUGUGUCCAGUGAUGAAAGUUCCUCAGGUGAUGACAAGAAGGAGGACUCAGAUGAGGAGGAGAUUGCUAGCACCCCACCCAGCUCAGCAGAGUCCGCUUCUGGCUCAGAUUAGCAAGAUACAGCUCCACAACCACCCUGGUUUCCCUAUCCUUGCAGGUGGUGUGGUUGUUAUUACUGAGGUGAGAGCAAGUGGAUGCUGUUUCAUCCUGACAAGUAGGCUGAAAUGCUGGUGCCAUUUAGAGUAUCCAGUCUUUUCCCUGUCACAGUAUUGCAGGUUACAGUCAAGGCCAAUUGUUACACCUGGAGAGAGAGGAGGGUACUAAAGGAGAAAGCCAAUCACCCUGUUUUUUCUGCCUCUGUGUUGUAGAUGCCCCGUAUCCUGUUAGGUGGCAAUCUGGGUGGCAUGUGGCAUACAACUGGAAGCUAGGACACUGUGCAGCCUCCCUAGUCAGAUUCAGAUGGUGUUUUUCUUUUGUUUUUCUUUUCAUUUUUUAAAAAGUUUUCUUUGUAUUUCUGAUUUAUUGUGGCUAACUCGUUUAAUAAAAAUCAAGUGAAUUUGA